AUGCGCGCCGUGAUGCCACCAUCACCUUUUGCUUAUUCAUCUCCCUAUGCCCCGCAACCCCAAUACUUCCCAUCACUCUCUUAUCCUGAUCACUUACAACUUCCUCACCACCAGGAUUAUUCAAUGCACAACGACCAUUCAAUGUCCCAGCAGUCAAUGCAGCCCCCGCCUUCCCCCUCAAUACCUAUCGACCCUGCAUUGGCUCUCUAUCCCCCUUAUUAUUCAAAUUACCAGCAGCAGCAGCAUCCACCCCAUAUUCCGCAACAUCUGUCUCUUCCUCCAAAUUACUCAUCGCCUUCUUCUCAAGGAUCGGAUACAAUUGGCACUCCGCCUACAGAACAUAUGUAUCCCUCUUCUUCUUCAAAUCUCAAUGGCAAACGGCCCUCUUCAUCAAUCUCGAACAGCACAAUGAACGACAGUCGCAAAAAGGCGCGCAAGGACGACGAGUCCGAGAUGAACAGUCCCGUUGCAGAGAAGGAGGAGGUCAAGGCAAAGCCGACAAGAGGAUCUCGAGCAUGUACGGUAUGCCGACGUCUCAAAAUGAAAUGUGUCGGAGCGGAACAAGGGCCUCCCUGUAAACGGUGUCAGUCGGGGAACCACGAAUGCAUCUUUGAAGAGUCAAACAGAGGGAAAAGGUCUUCCAAGAAGCAUGAGAUUCUUACCCGAUCUCUGCGGAAGAUGGAACGGACGUUGGACACUGUCCUGCGUUCCAUCGGUAACCCGAGCAUCACUUCGGGAAUGAUUUCACGAUCUCCCUCCCCUUCUGCCCAAACUGUAGGCACACAGGCCCUGCUCGCGGAAUCACCUACUCCACCACCAGCUACAUCGUCUUAUGCUCAUCCCCCGAAACCCCAACAACACGCGCCUGGAUCUCCUAAACUACAUUCUCUGCCAGACAAUGCCCUAAAUCCCCUCGGGCUGCUUGCUGAGGCAAGCUUGGCGAAUCGAAGAGCCCAGGCGACCAACACGACCGGGAUCAUGGCAAGGCCGCAUCCUGACGAAAAUCCCAAACUUGGUGUUGCCAGUGACAAUUACUUCAAACCUGGCCCGAUGACGAUUCUUCCACUUCGUCGAUUGUACAUUGAGCGUCAGAUUCAGCCCGAGAUGCUCAGCUUUGUUUCAACCGAAGAAGUCGUUGAACUCUUCAACAUCUACUUUGACCACGUAAAUAUGCACUGUAAUUUGCUAGAUCGCAAUUUCCACACACCAUCCCUCGUCUGCUCUCGGUCACCUUUCUUGUUGACGACGAUCUGCUCCAUUGCCAGCAAAUUCUACACUUCUAAACCGGAGCUACAUCCCAAACUCACAGAGUUGGCAAAGAGGCUCGCGUUCAGUGUUCCCGCGAAGGGGUACAAGUCUGUCGAAAUCGUGCAGGCAUACCUACUCCUUGCCUUAUGGGGCUGCGGAGCCGUCGAGCGUUACGAGCAAGACAAAACAUGGCUUCUUUUGGGGAUGGCUAUCAGGAUGGCGACCGACCUUAAUCUACACCGAAAGACCGCCGUGACGAGCCAAGAUACACAGGAAGGCAAAACCCGUGAUGUCGAAGUCCACAAUAGAGAGAGAACGUGGAUCCUAUGUUUUUGCCUCGACCGAAGUUUCAGCGCUCAGAUGGGGAAGCCGAGUUCGGUGAAAGAAGAUUAUAUCAUUAGAAACACAACAGCAUGGUAUACUUCCCAUGUGGCGAGCCCUUCGGACGCCUCUUUGGCGGCAUACGCAGAGUUGCAGCGGAUACUAUCGCGGAGCCUGGAGUUCCUUUACAGCGGAACCGAUACCCCUUCUGGGUUGCAGGUGCAUUGCGACUAUUUGCUCAUCAUCAAAACCUUCGAGUCGCAGAUAUAUGGCUGGAAACAGAAAUGGAUAGAUGGCACAAAUUGGGAAGCCGAACCAGCACCUGCUGCCGAGUACAAGAAACUGAUUUCUCAGUUUUACUUCAACUAUGCCAUGCUGGUUUUGAAUUCUUUCGGGCUUCAAAAUGCUCUGGAGCGUAAUCCUUUGGAUAUUGGCCAUUUCUUUGCCCGUGUGCAUACUUCAGCACAUGCAUGUGCUACUCUUGUCCGUGACAAGUUGGGCCCCAGCGGUUACAUCAAGUACUCCCCUGACUCCCACUUUGUGCAAACUUCCUACGCCGUGCUAAGUUUGCUCAAGCUUGUCCGACCUGAAUUCCAGGCGUUCCUCGACAAUGAACAAUCGACGUUGUCUCUCGUCAAGGACGUCGCUGAUACUCUCGAGAGCAUUGCGGCCAACCCUCUUCACACUCCUGCUUUAUACAGCGGCUUCCUCCACGCUCUGAUUUCCGCGAAACUCGAGCAACAACCCAGUAGUCACGCGUCUGUCAAUGACGAGGACAAGGUCCAUGGGAACAUAGACGGCGAGCAAUCCAAUGACGUCCACGGUGGAUCACAUACACCGAGUAGCUUUGGACACCAGGGAACGUUUGGUCACGAUCCUGUCUUUUCGCUGAAUGAGUUCCAGUUUGACAGCGAGAUGGGGCCCGUUGCGGAUAUGUCUACAUUCCCCCCGACGAUGGCGCCCAAUCCGUCGGAAGAUAGCAUGGGAGCUCUUACAAUGGAGAAUAUUCUGAGCAGCGGCUUUUGGGAUAGUAUGCUUGUUCCAGGCUAUAGUGGUAUGGAUGGUCUCGCUGGUGGAUUUGUUUUCGGAGCUGGAGGUAGUGGGCUUAUCACACCCCGCUUUGGAAACUCGCCCAUGCAGUCUGGGGCUAACACCCCGGGAAGAAUGCAUCCUGGACACAACUCACUUACGCAGACAAGCAUCAAUGCGGCCUUUGACAACCAACGAAAAGAAUCUGGCAUCAAGAUCGAUUCAUAG